AUGGCGUCGGCGAUUCCGCCAAUCGGCGGCGAGGGCGUCCACGGCGGCGGCGAGGGCGUCCACGGCGUCGGAGAGAUGCCGUUCUGGCCUCCUAGCGGAACGGUUGGCGUCGACGGGGAUGGCGGCGACGAGUCCAGCUCCGCGUACUCGACCGACGACGAGGAGUCGAUGUUACUCACCAUGGAGCAGCGGUUGCGGUUGGCGCAUCAGUGGGUGGCGAACCCUAGCAGCAGCCAUGAGUUGACGCAUGGACUUGGCGGCGUGCUUUUGGAUGAAGACAUUUGGCAAGUAAGGAUCCAUUUUGAUGCAAGAGAACCAUUGGAGAUGAAGCUGUGUGGUUCAGAUAUUACUUAUCUGAAUUUGGUUGCAGUGAUGGAAACCCAAGGAUUUAAUGCAUAUGAUUGUUUGUUUCACAUUGAAAAUCCAUCUUUAGGAGAGAAAGGGCUGGAUUUGGUAGACAGUCAUGCAGAAUUACAGAUGAUAAAGAGGAAGAUCCAGGACAAAUUGGUGCUUAAUUUGCUAGUCAGGGCUUGUCCACCCCCUGAUACUGAUUUUGAGAGGCAGCAUUUUGAAAAGCCAGACUUGUCCACUGUGGUGUACCAAGAGCCUGUUGUUUAUGAUCUGAGUGAGCCUCCUAUCUUAGCUGUUGAUCAGGAAGGAGUAGUCUUUGAGAGUCAAUGUAGCACACAUCACCCUGUUGCUCCUGCUGGUGUUUGCACACAAGAAAGCAGAAAUGCAACUAACAAGUUGAAAGCAGUUUUGGAAGAAGAAGAAGAGGGAUAUCAAGGAUUUGAGGCUUAUGAGGACAAUGAUUCCUCUGAUGAGGAUGGUCAAAUUGGAAGUUACCCUAAUUACAUGGUUGAUGAAGAAGAUGUAGAGGUGGAAGAGGGAAAGAGGCAGAGAGAGCUAGAAGUACAAGAGGAAGAAUCAGAUGAUGAUCAAUCAGAAGAGGAAGAAAUGCUGCAUUAUGAGGGUGACACUGAAGUUGAGGACCCAUUUGAGGUAGAGGAAGAUAGGACUUUUGAACAAGAAGAAGAAACUAUAGUUGAACCUGUAAAGAAGAAGCAGAAGCUGCCAGUUAGAAGAGGCCCAACCACUAGGUCACAUUGUAGUGAGCUACCAGAGGUUGAACCUGAUUUCAGACCAUCAUCAGAUGAAGAAGAGGAGGGGUUGUUGAGGGAGAGUGAUGAUGAUGGUUUUCAACCACUCUCUUUUGUCCUACAAAAGAAAAGGAAGAGUAGGGCAAAGAAAAGGCCUCCUAGGAAGUGGUACAAUGAGAAAAUGGAGCAACCACAUGAGCAACUGUGUAUGAAGUUGUGUUUUAGGGAUCAGCAUCAAUUCAGAGAAGCUUUGUUGAAUUUGCACAUCACCCAGGCCAGGAAUUUCAGGUAUCACAGGAAUUCAGAUCAGAGGAUAAUUGUUGAGUGUACAGAUAAAAAAUGCCAGUUCUUAAUGGUGGCAGCAGUUAUAAAAGGGGAGAAAACAUUUAUGCUUGGCUUAGUUGCAGGCAAGAUAUUAAGUUAG